CCACUCUCCUCCCCCCUUCUCCUCCUCUCCCACAAGUCAACUCUGCUCACGCCCUCACCUCCAUUUCCAUUAUAACCAAACCACCCAACCCUCCCCGCGUCCACAACCCUCCGCUCCGCUCCGCUCCCGUCCCGCCAUGGGCAACUCCCUCGCCUGCUUCUGCUGCGCGGGCGGCGCCGCGGGGCACGUGGCGCCCGCCGCGCUCCCCUCGGACCCCGCCUACGACGAGGGCCUCGGCCACUCCUUCUGCUACGUCCGGCCGGAUAAGGUGCCCGUGCCCUUCUCCGCGGACGACGACCUGGUCGCCGACGCCAAGGCGGCCGAGGACGCCACCACGUUCCGGGCCAUCUCGGGGGCCGCGCUCAGCGCCAACGUCUCCACGCCGCUCUCCACGUCCCUCCUCCUGCUGCUGCCGGACGAGUCGGCGGCCUCCUCCUCCGGCUUCGAGAGCUCCGAGUCGUUCGCCGCCGUGCCGCUGCAGCCGGUCCCGAGGUUCCCGUCGGGGCCCAUCUGCGCGCCCGCCGGGGCCGGGGCCGGGUUCCUCUCCGGGCCCAUAGAGAGGGGGUUCCUCUCGGGCCCCCUCGACGCCGCGCUCAUGUCGUCCGGCCCGCUCCCUGGCGCCGCCACGUCCGGCCGCAUGGGAGGCGCCGUGCCCUCGCUCCGCCGGAGCCUGUCGCACGGCGGCCGCCGCCUGCGGGAUCUCACCCGCGCGAUCCUCGCGCGGACGGAGAAGCUUCAGGGUUCGAUGGAUCUCGGCCUCGGCCUCGGCCUCGGCUCGCCCGAUGGCGCCGGGCUGCAGCUGCAGUGGGCGCAGGGGAAGGCCGGCGAGGACCGCGUCCACGUCGUGGUGUCGGAGGAGCGGGGCUGGGUGUUCGUCGGCAUCUACGACGGCUUCAACGGCCCCGACGCCACGGACUUCCUCGUCUCCCAUCUCUACGCCGCCGUGCACCGCGAGCUCCGCGGCCUGCUCUGGGACCAGCGCGACGCGCACCCCGACCAGCCGACCACGACCAGCACCACGGCCUCAGAUCACCAGGACCGCCGCCGCCGCCGCGCCCGCCGCUCGAGACCGCCGCGCGGCGCCGACGAUGACCAGCGGCGGUGGAAGUGCGAGUGGGAGCGCGACUGCUCCAGCGCCCUGAAGCCGCCGACCCAGCGCCCUCCUCGGGGCAGCAGCCAGAACGACCACCUCGCCGUGCUUAAGGCGCUUGCGCGCGCGCUUCGCAAGACCGAGGAGGCCUACCUGGACGUGGCCGAUAAGAUGGUCGGCGAGUUCCCGGAGCUUGCGCUUAUGGGCUCUUGCGUUCUAGCCAUGCUUAUGAAAGGGGAGGACAUGUACCUCAUGAAUGUAGGUGACAGCCGGGCUGUCCUGGGAACAAUGGACAGUGUAGACGUCGAGCAGGUCACCAGUGAUGGAUUGGUUGGGGAUGGCACGCCGCUCUUGUCAGCUGUGCAGCUUACAUCAGAACACAGCACGUCGGUGCGGCAGGAAGUCUGCAGAAUACGGAACGAGCACCCUGAUGACCCGUCCGCGAUCUCCAAGGACCGUGUGAAGGGCUCGCUCAAGGUGACGAGAGCGUUUGGAGCUGGUUUCCUGAAACAGCCGAAAUGGAACGAGGCGCUGCUGGAGAUGUUCAGAAUAGACUACGUCGGGUCAUCCCCGUACGUCACGUGCAGCCCUUCGCUCUGUCACCGCAGGCUCAGCACGAGGGACAGGUUCCUGAUACUGUCCUCGGACGGGCUGUACCAGUACUUCACCAGCGAGGAGGCGGUUGCCCAGGUCGAGAUGUUCAUCGCGACAACCCCCGACGGCGACCCUGCCCAGCACCUGGUGGAGGAGGUUCUUUUCAAAGCCGCGAACAAAGCAGGGAUGGACUUCCACGAACUGAUCGAGAUCCCACACGGCGACCGGCGGCGGUACCACGACGACGUAUCUGUCAUUGUAAUAUCCUUGGAGGGCAGGAUCUGGAGGUCUUGCGUGUAAAUAGGUCGGCCAUACUAGAUUAGAGAAAGAAACGUAUAUAUCUGUAGAGAUAGAGAGAGGUUCUUGCAGGCCUAUUCCAUUACUCCCAGCUGCUCCUGUACAAAAUCUCAACGAAGCACCACUGGGUGGGCUUGGGAUCUCGGCGCAUCCAAGUUGAAUCACGAUGAGAAGAUGCGUCCCCUGGAGCGCAGUGCCGUAUAAGAUGUUCAUGUAAAAGAAGAUCUGUUCAACUACUGAUAACUAAAAUAGCGACCAAUUGGUCAAGUUUUUUUUUGACCUUUUUUUGGGGGCAUCCUCUGUGUUCAUACCACAGGUAAAACUGUACAUGUGCGCAGUGCGCGGCAGACUGAUUCAAAGUCGGACUUGUAUGGUUCUGAAGUACUCCGUACUAAACUUUAUGCAAAUACGCGAAUAAUGGUUAUUUGGUCAGAAACCAUCUGCGGUACUGA